UGCGUUCUAUAGUUCCGCAAAUGCAUAGGAACGUUGUCUUUAUAACGUGUUUCCCCCGGAGCAAUAUCAUAGGCGGACCUUAUAAAUUCAGGUGUUGAUAUUUUCUUGUGUAGAAACUCUUUAGCGAAAUAACUAAUUAUUUCAAUGUAACUUUCGUAUGGUAGUGUGUGAAAUACAGUUUAUUAUUGAAACAAAUUAUAUUUGUAUAGUUUGUUGCUAGACUUUUUUGUUUCCCGAAAUCCACGUGUCUCACCACAGAACAAUAUUUGGUCUCAUUGUGCAGUAGGACAUGGAUAGGAACAACAUUUCCUUGCUCUGCUAUGUUGCAACGUGUACACCCGGGGCGUCGUCAUUACGCCGUUUCUGUUGUAAAACGUUUCUUAAACAGAAUGAAACGAGGCGGGACCAACCUUAAUUUGUCCAAUAGAAACUCUCGUUUUAGUUGCUAAACGUUCUGCAACUGUUUGGACUAAUGAUUACACCCCUGCUAGGUAGCUAUCAGCGAGCAGCAAUGUUGCUCUGUUAUUAGCCAGCGUCAAGCCAAAGCUUUGCCAAUGUAAUAAGAACAUUGGCACGGCAUUUCACUUUCAGUAACCAAAGGCGUAAUGUGAUAUUUCGAGGAAGAAUAUGACAAGAACACCAGUUGGACAGCCAAAUAAUCCGACUGCAAAGGAGAGAGCCAGGAAUAAUGAAGAGGUUCGAUUGUAGAAUCACGACGACAUUCUCUGUUUUAUGAGGAGCUACUGUCAGAAUCUGGGGAAUAGCAUAACUGGAUUUUUCUGUGAAAUCUUGAAGCUGUUGUCAUUUGCAACCUCGAAAAUGAUGUAUUCAUCAAGAAGGAAACCAGUCCUCUAUUUCAAAGAAGACCGAAGAUUCUGGUCUGGGAAAUGCACAGUCUACAAACUAUUUGGUCUGUGUGUGGUGCUGGUACUGGUCUCCCUCCUAUGGCUCCAACUCAGCUGUACAGGAGACAUGAGCCGGGUUGUAGUGGAUGACGGACGCAUCCCCCAUCAGCCUUGUCCGCUGGAGAGACAGGCAUCCGCUGCGGACGACCCUUCCUGGGGUCCUCACAAGCUGGCCCUCCUGAUACCUUUCAGGGAGAGGUUUGAGGAGCUGCUGGUGUUUGUCCCCUUCAUGCACACCUUCUUGAACAACAAGAAAAUACUGCAUAAGAUCUUUGUAAUUAACCAGAUGGAUCACUAUCGGUUCAACAGAGCCUCUCUCAUUAACGUUGGUUACACGGAGAGUGGUAACGACACUGAUUACAUCGCCAUGCAUGAUGUGGACUUGUUACCUCUGAAUGAAGCUCUGGACUAUGGUUUCCCAGAGGAGGGCCCGUUCCACGUGGCCUCACCAGAGCUGCACCCCCUGUAUCACUACAAGACAUACGUGGGAGGAAUCCUGCUGCUCACCAAACAGCAUUAUCACAUGUGCAACGGCAUGUCCAACCGGUUCUGGGGAUGGGGAAGAGAAGACGAUGAGUUCUACAGGAGACUAAGAACUGCUGGAUUACAGCUCUUCAGGCCCAGUGGGAUAAAAACAGGGUAUAAAACCUUUCGCCACAUCCAUGACCCUGCCUGGAGGAAGAGAGACCAGAAGAGAAUGGCUGCACAGAAACAGGAACAAUUCAAGGUUGACCCUGAGGGCGGGUUGACUAACUUGCAGUACAAGGUGGAGUCGAGACAGGAGCUGACUAUUAGUGGAGCCCCUGUCACUGUCCUCAACAUCAAACUGGAGUGUGACACAGACAAGACUCCCUGGUGUCUGCUGAACUAAUAGGACCCCAAUGAUAGACCCAUGCUUCCUCUCACCUGGGUUAUGUUCAUUAUCCACCAAACGGAAUAAAACAGACUAAAACAGGGAGGGACUACCUGAGCUUCUCCAAUAAGAAACACUUGUUUUUGUGUGCCCUAAUGAAUGUGACCCUGGCACUACAGAGGGGUGAUGUUUCCCCUACUUGAAGUGUCUGGAAGACAUGGAUAAAAAAAAUGUAGAUUAUUAUUUUAUUUUUUUCUCAAAAAAACGCAUCAGAAGAUAUGGCCGACCCAGAGAAGAGGCUUUGGCCUUUGACCCCAGCAACACCUUCCCUCAUUGGAGAGAUGGAAUGUAUUUAUAUUGAACUAGCUAUAUGAUGUCAUCCUUUAGAACUGUAUGUCUAACUUGCAUUCAGAACUGUGAGUGACUGGAUCUGUGAAUGACUGGAUCUGUGAGUGACUGGAUCCGUGAGUGACUGGAUCCGUGAGUGACUGGAUCUGUGAGUGACUGGAUCUGUGAGUGACUGGAUCCGUGAGUGAUUGGAUCCGUGAGUGACUGGAUCCGUGAGUGACUGGAUCUGUCAGUGACUGGAUCCGUGAAUGUCUGGAUCCGUGAGUGACUGGAUCCGUGAGUGACUGGAUCCGUGAGUGACUGGAUCCGUGAGUGAUUGGAUCCGUGAGUGACUGGAUCCGUCAGUGACUGGAUCUGUAAGUGACUGGAUCCGUGAGUGACUGGAUCCGUGAGUGACUGGAUCCGUGAGUGACUGGAUCUGUGAGUGACUGGAUCCGUGAGUGACUGGUUCUGUGAGUGACUGGAUCUCAUGCAGGCCUAACUUCAGGGGCUUUGAACUACAGACACUUUGCCAAUAUUGACGAUACAUGAAAGGAAAGUUGUACUGAAAUAAUAAGCAAUGGCUUUUGUAUCUGUUUGUUUGUUUGUUUGUUUAUUUAUUGUUACCCUUAUUUUACUUGGUAAGUUGACUGAGAACACAUUCUCAUUUACAGCAACGACCUGGGGAAUAGUUACAGGAGGGGGGAUGAAUGAGCCAAUUGGAAGCUGGGGAUGAUUAGAUGACCAUGAUGGUUUGAGGGUCAGAUUGGGAAUUUAGCCAGGACACCGGGGUUAACACCCCUCCUCUUGUGAUAAGUGUCAUGGGAUCUUUAGUGACCACAGAGAGUCAAAACACACGUUUAAUGUCCCAUCUGAAAGACUGCACCUUACACAGAGCAAUGUCCCCAAUCACUGCCGUGGAGGCAUUGGGAUAUUUAUUUAGACCAGAGGAAAGGGGUGCCUCCUGGCCCUCCAACACCACUUCCAGCAGCAUCUGGGCUGGACCAACACUGCUGAGCUUCAGAGGCCAGCCAGCAGUAGGAUGUAGGGAUGGUUUUCUGCUGGGUGUGAUCCAGAUGGACCAUUUGCACUUUUCAGGAGUCCCUCUGUCCUUCAGCUGAAGUCUGCAAUAAUGUCUGGCUUAAUAUAUUAUCAUCAGAGUUACUAUGAUGGGGUUUUCUUUCCGACAUUGUAAUGCACCGGAUUGGCAUGCCAUUUCCAUGAUCCGUAGCGUUGUAUCCUCAUCCGGUAUCCAUUGUAACCCGCCAGGUGCUCAACUGGUAGUGAGUUGAGUGUCAGGGUGCCAUUUCCAUGAUCCGUAGCGUUGUAUCCUCAUCCGGUAUCCAUUGUAACCCGCCACGUGCUCAACUGGUAGUGAGUUGAGUGUCAGGGUGCCAUUUAGACUUUUUUGGUGAUGGUAAAACAGUUAAGGUUUACAGCUGUGCUUUAGAAGGUUAUCAGAGACCGACUAGGUAUUUUGGGGUAAAUGAAGGUGUGUUUACAACAGUUUGGCCAUAUACCAUACUGCUGUAAUGUAUUUUUGAAUGACCAGACAAGUCAAUGGUACCGUCAAUGUAUUUGUACAAUAGUCUGUAUGUAUGUAAAUGAAGUUAUGAGUCAAAAACA